AUGAAAGAGAGACUAUCUAACAAGCAAAACCAGGCCACCAACGACACCAGCAGCAAAACUCUUAUCUCCUCUCAAAGCGAGUUAGACACCCUGCUCAAAACGCACUACGGGGAUGCCUCAUCCAAUAUGCUCACCACAACCUCUUCAUCGCCACAAAGAAACGACAGCGUAGUAGACCUAUCCACCGCAACCGACAAAACCCCAUCAAAUCCCCUUACCGACGACUACCUCACACCCUUAUCCUCCCAUUUCGUCGACGGAGAACUAGUAUGUACAGGCGGUCUUGCGAUCGAACAUCCAGAGUACCCAGACUCUUCCAGUGCUUCAGAUUCUUCAGGUUCUUCAGAUUCCUCAGACUACGCCAAAUGGCUGAAAAGAGUCGGGACUGAAGAAGUAUAUGGAGGCGAUGGGCGGUCUUUUACGGUAAAACUGGGUGCAAGGAGGUGGAGGAGGAAGAAUCAGAUGAAGAAGGCUGUGUCCAGGCUGAGGAAGAGGCUGCUGUUUUUUGGUACAAUCGAACCCAUUUACGAAGGUCCCGGAAAGGAGACCACCGAAGAGGUACAUACCCUAGAGCGCCUCUACGAGCUACUCAAAAAGUAUUAUGCCUUCCUGGCCAAAGCUUUGUCUGAGAAGCGUAGGUGCGACGAAUGGCUGGUUCCGAAGCCAUACGAUGCUGCUGCGUGGGCUGCGACCAAUGGAGAUGAGCCGUGUGUGCUACCGAGCAUACGCGUGCGUUUUCCAGAAUUCUUCGACGACUAG